UUUCAUUCUUCGCCUCAUGGGUUCUCGAAGCCGGAGUUCUUAGGAGUGGCAAGAAGGGCUCGGCUGGACGUGUUUACAUAUAUCAUCUCGGACCAACUAAUAAAACCUCGUGUCUCUAUUUAUGUUCCAGGCUUUUCACAUAACUAGAAAUAUCCUGGAUAGCUUUGGCUAACACCGAGCUUACAGAUGACGAUUAACAAGGAGCUAUCGUCAUGAGGUUAUAGAGCCAAACGAAGCUCGCUAGAGUUGUAUAUACAUAUCUAAGUUUGAAGCGGAUUAACUAGCAAAGAAAGAAGGAAACAAUGAUAUUCAGUGAAAUCGCCCCAGAAUGGUGGCCCUUUCCAGCCGGCACCACGGCCAUCGUCGCCGCCAUCACCGUCUACUUCAUCGCACACCAACUAUCAUCGCGGAAGGUCGAUCCGCGCGAGCCCCCCGUCAUCGCGCCGACCAUCCCCUCGAUCGGACACCUACUAGGCAUGGCGCUGCUGGGCGGGCGGUACAUCAAGAACCUCGGCAUCCGCAACCGGCAUCUUCCCGUCUUCACCCUACCCGUACCCGGGCCCGGAUCGCGCAUCUACGUCGUCACGGACCCCUCCCUGGCGGCCGCCGUCCAGCGCGCCUCUAGGGCGCUGUCGUUCAACCCCGUCGUGCCCGAGGUCACCCGGCGCGUCCUCGGCCUAGACGCCGCCGCCGUCGAGAUCACCCGCAAGAACCUCGACCCCGGGCCCGGCGACGAGCGCGGCUUCCUGCCCGACAUCCAGGACAUGGUUUCUGCCUGGCUUGGCCCCGGCGACUACCUGAGCGAGUUAAGCCUAGCCGCUGCCGCGGAGAUGAAAAACGAGAUCGCGGCGUAUGCGUCGUCGUCUCCCUCCUCCUUAAGCCGCGGCGCCACGGAUCUGCUCUCCUGGGUACGCCACCUCGUCACCUUAUCAACGGCGCGAUACCUCUACGGACCGGAGAACCCCAUUGCGCUGAACCCCGCGCUGGAGGGCUCCUUCUGGGACUUCGACCACGGGCUAGGCUCGCUGCUCAUGAACGUCGUCCCGUCCGUCACCGCGCGCCGGGCCUACGCGGGCCGGGAGAAGCUAUCCGCAGCGUUGCUCGCGUAUCUCGAGGCGGGGCGGCACAAAUCGUCCGGGUCCAAGAUCGUCCAGAAGCGCGUAGACAUUGCGCUCGAGCACGGCUGGGCGAUGCCCGCCAUCGCGCGCGAGGAGCUCUCGUUCCUAUUCGCCGGCAUCGUCAACGCGACCACCUCGACGUUCUGGAUCCUGCUGCACCUAUACGCGGACCCGGCGCUCCUCGCCACCGUGCGCCAGGAAAUCGAGUCCGUCCUCUCGGCGCGCACCGACAAGCCGCCAAGCUACAACCUACGCAUCACCGAUCUCCGGGACAAGUGCCCGGUCCUCGUAGCCGUGUACCGCGAGUGUCUGCGCCUAGGAUCGAACACAUAUUCAACGCGCGUAGUAAAAGAGGACCACCUCCUCGCAAACCAGUACUUCCUCAAGAAGAAUGCAGUCGUCCAGAUCGCGGGUGGUGUGAUCCACGCGGACCAGCGGAUCUGGGGCGCGGAUGUCUUGGACUUCAAUCCCAAGCGGUUCCUCGACAAGACCAACAGCAACUCCGACGCCGAAACCCUGAACCCCAGCGUCAGUUCCAAGCCCCGACAAAAGCAGAACAACGCGUUUCAUCCGGCGGCGUUCCGCGCCUUCGGCGGGGGCAAGACGUUGUGUCCCGGCCGCCACUUUGCUAUGAAUGAGAUCCUGGCUUUCGUUGCGUUGGUAGUGCUGCAGUUCGAUAUGAAGCCUGCUCGCGGCGGGAAGAUCGAGGUACCACCGAAGAACGACGGCGUCUUGCCUGUACAUAUCCUGGAGCCGGUGCGCACCGUCGAGGUCGUAAUAUCGAAGCGCGAAGAUGAAUUUGCGCGAGACUGGCUGGAUGUCGAGUUUGCUAUGUAAUAGCCAAUGCAGUUUUACCCUUUAUGCUAAGGAAGGGCGUUUCUUAUAUGUUGUUUAUAAGAUGAUGAUAGCGAUGAGUACAUACGGGUUAUGCGAGAAAUACUUGUACUGAGAACAAGGCUACAUUGGGAAGGAUCUGAUA